CAUAUUAACAUACAUUUCUCGGAAAACCACAAUGACACCUCUGUGCAGUUUUAACACGAUGCGGAGGAAACAACAAAACCAAGAGUUCUCCUUACCAGAAACGAGCUCUGCAGCAGGAUUUGACACAAAAAGCGAGCAAUGCACGUUGACAGGAUGCUUUGUAAGCUUGAUGCACAGCAAAAGAGCACACAAAUUCAAGAGCAGUGAUUUGGGGAGACAUUACGGUAAGCACAACAUUUUUUAAAUGUUUAGCUGCUAUUUACUAGACCUUCUUCACCUCUCUCACCUCCUACACUUAUAAACACAGUGGGUAGUUGAGGAUUGUGUAUGCACGUGUGUGUGUAAACGUCAGCCACAGGAAGUGAGGGUCGGCAUGGGUGUCAAAGCACGUGGUGCUGCAUAUGUUGAUAGUGAGAGAAAUAGGCUUGAGAUGUGGUUUAAAAGAGAUGACAUGAAUUUGAUUAUGGUCGGAGUAGGAGGAAGUUUGUGAUAUUCAUAGACAGAUGCGUAUUAAUGCUACAUCUAGACUGGUGAUAGGUUGUUUAUAAUGUACAGUACUUCUGACAUUAUUGCAUUCAGAGGGAGAAAGUCAAUAAUGGGAAGUUAACACAUGCUCUAGUAAACACCAACAUUCUUGUUAUUGCUAUGGCUAUCUUUCAGAUUUGGAAAAUUGUUUCUUAGGUUUCAACUUUGAAGUUGAACUUUGUUUUCAGAAGCCUUUCAGGCAUGACUCACUAAAUGAUGAUAAUGUGAAAGGUUGGACUUAAAGGGCAGGAAAGUCCAGUAACAUCUCUAAAUUCCCUAACAUCACACGUGAAUUUUUUUUUCUUUUAAUACUUUGAAGCUUUUAUCUGUACAAAAUGUUCAGUGUGAAACAUAUAGAAUUCAGUCAUCAUGAUGGGAGGACAUUGUAUCUAUCAGAAUAAAGAGGAAAAACAUCUGCCAUUUCUAUUUCUUGAAGAUUUGUGAGUGGAGGAGCACAUGAAUGGAAGAAAAUAGAAUCAGGAGUCAAAAGAUCUUGUAGAAAACGUAGCAGUAUGAACAUAUCCGAGAACGAGACAUUAAUGUACUUGGACAUGUAUGAUUAUCAUGACACCUGCGAUCAGGAUCUCGUUCCAGGAUUGCCCAAUGGAUCCACGUUCUUGUCCGUUCUUUACUACAUACUGUUUUGUCUAAGUCUGCUAGGCAACGCCACCGUUCUCUGGGUUCUCCUCCGGUAUAUAAAGCUGAAGACUAUGGCGGACAUAUGCCUCCUCAACCUGGCCCUGUCGGACCUCAUACUGGCUGUAUCACUGCCCCUCUGGGCCUACAAUUCCCAGAACCUUGCAUCAUGCAAACUGAUGACAGGAGUCUAUCAGUUGGGUUUCUACAGUGGUACGCUGUUUGUGACCCUAAUGAGUGUGGACCGCUACCUGGCCAUCGUCCACGCUGUUGCAGCCAUGCGUGCCCGGACACUUUGCUAUGGAAUCAUAGCCAGCAUCACUAUCUGGGCUAUAUCGGUCGUCAUGGCAAUCCCUGGGGUGAUCUUUGCCUCCUUGGAGCUAGUAGAUGCAGAUAGCAACAGCUACGAGUGCCAGCCACUGUAUCCAGAGGACUGGCAGCAGUUUUGGAAGAUGCUGCGAAACUUGAACGAGAACACCGUGGGCCUUUUCGUGGGUCUCCCUAUCAUGAUUUUCUGCUAUGUGAAAAUCCUUUUUGUGCUGUCCAGGUCCAGGAACUCCAAAAAGAACAGAGCUGUAAAGCUGAUAUUCAUCAUAGUGUGUGUGUUUGUGGUGUGCUGGGUCCCCUACAACGUCACAGUUUUCCUUCAGACACUGCAGCCGUUCGUGGACACCCUAAACAACUGCAAGGCUUCAAAAUAUAUCGACUCUGCCAUAGGCUUUGCUGAGAUCAUUGCACUGACUCACUGCUGUGUAAAUCCACUCAUCUAUGCACUCGCAGGGGAAAAGUUUAGGAAGAAACUGGGCUAUGUGCUGACUAGGUACUUCUGCCAGAGCAGAGGGACUUUCAGCCACAGAGACACCACAGACACUUCCAACACACCCGUAAAAUCAGAUUAUUAAGAAUGAUAAACACAACUUGCUACAAAGAUGGCAAAGUGUGUGUGUGUGUGUGUGUGUGUGUGUGUGUGUGUGUGUGUGUGUGUGUGUGUGUGUGUGUGUGUGUGCUAAAAGCUGUAAAAUGGUACUAUGGAUUGGUUUGAACAAAGGAAUGUUUAGUCUAUAGAAUCUUAUGAACACAUUACUUAAAAUCAUGUAAUUCAAAGUAUAUUCAAAACGUGUGAAAAUAUAUUGUUUUUGUAAAAUAAAGAAAGUAAACUUGA